CUGUGGGAGGGGUGGUACUGUAAGUGUGGAAGUCCAAGGGAGGUCAGAGUUGUGAUGCCUGUGUAUACAUUUAUUCUGCGGUAUGGCAUAGAGCAGUCCUAUCUGGCCCUUUGAGCUGCAUCACCCCAGCAAACCCAGUUUACCCCUAACCUAAUCACAGGACAACUUACAUUGACCAAUUAACCUACUAACCUGCAUGUCUUUGUACUGGCGAGGAAAGCCAUGCAUUCCACAGGGAGGACACACAGACUCCUGACGGAUAACAUCAGAACUGAACUCUGACCUGAGCUGUAAUAGCAUGGUGCUGGCUGCUGUGUUACCGUGGUGCCUGAAGAUGGCUGAUCUCUAUGAAUCUCAGAGCUGCGGCCAGGAACUGAAGGUUGGAGGCCCAAUAUCUGUGAGUCUAGAUUAACUACAGAGGCCUGGAGGUAGCCCGUCCUGGGCUUGGAGGACUGUGCGUACGAGGGAUUAUUCUCGUGAACCUCCUCUGGACCCUCUCCAAUUUACAGUCAAGACCCUGCAUCAAGACUAGAGAGUGGAGAGAAAAGACAGCCGCUAUAGAGGCGAGGGCGUAGAGGUCAGUGGUGAGCCAUGAACAACUCCACCAGAAUGUUGCCGCAUAUGUGUAACUACACCGCAGGCCCGCUGGAAAAAGGUAUGCUCCCCAUCAUGUACACUGUCAUCAGUUUCACCGGAAUACUGGCCAAUUUCUGGAUAUUACUGAUAUUCCAAAAGCAAUUCCUAAAGAAGAGUGGCGUGCGAAUCUACCUGAUGAACCUCUCGGUGGCAGAUCUGAUCAUUUGCCUGGUUCUACCUUUCAGAGUAGCCCUGCUGAUAAAGGGGGAUACCUGGGAAGAAAAUUCGGACAAAUGCAUCGCAGUCAACAUAAUCAUCAACCUCUGCUUUUACUGCACGCUCGCCUGCCGGACUCUGUGCUUAAUUUUCAUCGGCUUUACCCGGUACGCAGUGAUCGUGAAGUUCCAGAACAAGAAGUUCGAUCUGUUGUACCGACUCACUUUUGCCAAGUGCGCAUGCACGGCUUUCUGGAUUGUGGGGACGUUGUUAGUGCUAACCUGUUCCAUUUACGCACUACAGUCAAUGAAAGUGUCAAUGUCUCGGUGCUACAGUGUCCAGGUGUACAACGAUCUGCAGCCUAACUUGGUUGCACUCAUUGUCAUCUCAAUACUCUUUCUUAUUAUUUUAAUGCCGCUUGUUAUUCUGUACAUUUUAGUAAUGAUCUACUUGUUCGAGGUGAGUAAAAACAGUUCAGUGCAGCGAAGCCGUAAACUUUACAAGAAAACGCAGCUGAGGAUUUGCGUUGCUGUAUCUACCUGUGUGGUGUGCGUGCUCCCUUACAUCAGCUAUCAGUUCAUUUCGAACAUUUACCGAGUGACGCAAAACGAAUGCCAUGUGCUGGUAAAGAUGCAGGAGGCAAAACAGAUCCUGUUGUUGCUGGUUUCAUUUAACAGCUGCCUAGAUCCCAUCUUGUACAUCAUCAUCCAGAAAUAUUUCUCAGUUGUCAACUGGAACCUAGACCCACAGACCAUAGGGAAGUCUUUGGACAGGGAAACUGUGAGUAACACUCACUAGUGUGAUCUUUCUGUGCCCACCGGAGUCUGUAACUAGAGCGCUCAAACUUCAGCGGAGGGGCUGGAAACUUUUAAAAGGAACCUGAAAGGCGACCUUCUCACAUUGACAGUGUCGAGAUCAUGAACUCACUGCCAGAGGAAGUGGUUAAGGCUGCUGCAAUUACUAAAUUUAAAAGGCGUUUUGUAAUGUACAGCGAUAGGAAUGCUCCAACACAGGCGAGAAUACAGGCGACAAGUGAGCGUAAAUCUUUACAUCACUUCACUGGCCGCUGUUGUCCGUAAGGAGAUUGCGCGUUCUCCCUAUAAGCGGUGGGUUCCUCCGGUCUCCUCCCACAAUCCCAGGGCAUAUGGUUUAGGGCUAGUGAGUUGUGGGCAUGCUACGUUGGGGCGGGAUGUGCGGGCAGCCCCCAGCACAUCCUCCGAUUGUGUUGGUUGUUGACGCUGGUACGAUGUACAGGUGAACAGGUUAAUUGCUCAUUGUAAGUCGUCCUGUGACCAGGCCGGGGUGCAGUUCUGUGCUGUAUCUGUAAAUAAAAAUAGACUUGUUAUUUACCACACCAUUAUGUCUGCUUGAUUACUACAAGCCUUUCCUUCGGGGACUGUAAGACAAGGGUGAACUGGGUGCUCAGCAGGGUCAGUCAGGCCUUGUAACAUUAGGCAACACCCAAGCGGCUGGAGGUCAACAAAUCAGUAAGCAUAGAUUGUAAACUGGUAAAUUGGUUUAUUAUUGUCACAUGUACAGAGGGACAGUAAAAAUCUUUGGUUUGCAUGCCAUCCUCUUCACGACAACAGUACAUUGGUAAGAACGAUGCUAUUACAGCUCAGGGCGUCUAGCGUUCACAGUUCAACUCCGGCAUCCUCCUGUGGGUGAGACCUCCCAUCAGGACUCUGUCUGCCCUCCUCAGAGGCCAACGUGAUCAAAGACUCUACCCACCCCGGACACUCUCUCUUCUUCCAUCACCUCCCCCCCAUCGGGCAGAAGAUACAGAAGCCUGAAAGCUCGAACCACCAGGCUCAAGGCAGCUUCUAUCCUCCUGUUAUAACGGUCCCCUAAAAUUAAACCUUGACUUCAUCAGCUACCUCAUUACGAUUCUUCACCGUACUGCCUGCACUGCACUUUCUCUGUAGCUGUUACACUGUAUUCUGCACUCUUAUUGUUUUCCCUUCUACGAUAAGACUAUAAGAUAUGGGAGCAGGAUCAGGCUAUUCAGCCCAUCACUUCUCUUUUAUUUGAUCGUGGCUGAUUAUUUAUUUAUUUAGAGAACAAGCACUGACCCACCCAGUCACCCCGCCCAGCAUCGUUUUACAAUGACCAACCUACUAACCGGUCAGUUUUGGACUGUCGGAGGAAAUAUGAGCACCCGGAGGAAACCCACACGCACACGGGAAGAACAGACUAGCUUUCUUACAGCGGACACCAGAAUUGAACUGGAACUUCUCGACACCCCGAGCUGUAAUAGCGUCUCACUAACAAUGACAAUACUGUGUAUUGUGGAGACUGUAUUUCCAGAGAGGCUGAGGCUUGCUGUGAAAAUUCCAGUGUUUUUGAAGAGUUUCAUUUAUAUCGCUUUUAUUGAACUGAUGCUCAACAAUGCAGUCUGUAAUAAAACAACGAGAAAUAAAAGAUAUAUAAAAGAUAAAAUAAAA